AUGGCAAAGUCAUUGAGAUCAAAGAAGGAGAAGAGGCUGAGGGCAAUUCGAAGGGAGAUUGUUGAACCUUUCUAUGACAAGAAAGAAGCUGCUAAGCUGGCUGCCCAAGAGGCUGCCCUUGCUGCACCAAAGUUGGAGGUUCCUUUGAAAUCAAAUACUGCGAUGGAUGUGACCGCUUCCACUAACAACACCAACAUGGAUGUGGAGAUGGGUGACGGCAGUGAAAGCACGGCUUCCUUAAAGCCUGUUGGUGGAAUAGGGAAGAAAUCCAAAAAGAAAUUGAAAAUUGCUAAAAAGAAGCGUCGUGGUAAGGGAAUGCUCGGGAAAAAGCGUAAAAUAUGA